AUGGCUCCCGCGCUCCGCCCCAGAACUCCACCAAACAUCCUGUUCUUCUCUCUACUACCCGUCGCCGCUUGGCUAGUGCUUCGUCCACUCCUUGAUCCAGCACCACCACUACCUGCACUGCAUGCUUCGUUAGGCUUCUCAGUUCUGGCGCUGCUUGGAGCCCUAUACCUUGUACCUGCACUGGGUAAUACAUUUGUCCAUGCGAACCUCAAAGGACGAGACCUACUCAAAAUAUACGACGAUCCGGUACCAGAAAGCCUCGGACUUGUCUGCGCAUCUAUAUAUAUUCUGCUCCUAAUCCUAUUUAUUCCCUUUGCCUUUUCCGACUUCUUCAAUCGUGAGCAUGACUCAACGCGGAAGCCUCGCGAAGGACUUGUCAUUAAUGAGUUCCCACAUCAUCAGCUAUCUGUGUAUCUCUCGUCUUUACUCUCCCUUCUGAUAGCGACUAUGCUAGGGUUUCUAGAUGACGUCUUCGAUAUCCGAUGGCGGCACAAGCUUCCCAUUCCAAUCAUCGCGUCCAUUCCGCUUCUGAUCGUCUACUACUCAGAGCAUGGUACUACAGAUGUUGUCGUUCCGAUUCCUCUGCGAUGGCUCCUGGGAUCGUUGUUGAACCUAGGCCCGCUGUACUAUGUCUAUAUGUCCUUGCUAUCCACAUUCUGCACCAACAGCAUCAACAUCCUCGCGGGUAUCAAUGGCUCUGAAGUCAGCCAAGCGCUCAUCAUUGCCCUUUCCGUUAUCCUCAACGACCUGCUCUACCUGCCUUGGCCGUUUGGCUUCCGCAUACCGCUUCCUCUGCAUCUGCUCGGGCGUCCCGGAGUAGAAGUGGGUGGUGUGUGGAGCGCAGGCAUGGCAUAUGGCAGUCGACUACUCGUUGAGCGCCACCUCUUCAGCUUGUACUUCAUGCUACCGCUCGUAGGUGUGUGCGCCGGAUUCAUGUUCCACAACUGGUACCCCGCGCGUGUCUUCCCUGGGGACACCCUAUGCUAUGUGACGGGCAUGGCAUUUGCUGUCGUUGGGAUUCAGGCCCACUUCUCGAAGACACUAUUGCUCUUUUUCCUGCCCCAGAUUUUCAACUUCGUGCUCUCGUGCCCUCAACUGUUCGGGCUCGUCCCCUGCCCCCGACACCGCGUACCCAGGUUCGAUGCAGACACUGGGCUGCUGUACCCCUCGAAAGCGGGAUUCAAAAAUCACGCGCCCAGUCGCCUGUCCGCCCUAACAUUACAUGUGUUCUCCUCACUCGGAUUGGUGGAGCUCACGGAGGACCCGAAAACACACGCCAUCACGGAGACGACGAACCUGACCAUCCUCAACGUGUUUUUGCUCCGGUUCGGCCCGAUGAGGGAGGACAGUCUUGUGAAGGUGUUGAUGGGCACGCAGGUCGCCGGGAGUGUGUUUGCGUUCGUUGUACGGUACGGGCUGGCUGGUUUAGUGUACGAUGGAAACAGGCGUUAGCCAUGAUUUUGGGGCUAUUAACGCCUUUGCGCUCCAAUGCAGCGAUCUUCGCUGU